CGUAGCGUGUUUGUUACGUCGCAGUUGUGGGUGAAAAACUGCGGUUUUUCUUUUGCUGAUUAAAAAACAUACAUAAUGUCCGUGCCUUUUAGUGGCGCUCUGCGCCGUUCCGGUGGCAUUGUCUCUGCCAUCGGUAAGCAACUGAAGAGCGUGAACUUGAAGGGCGUCAAGCGGAUAACCGUGCAGUUCGAUCCGUUUGCGGAAAACGUCAAGUCCACUCGAGAAUUCCUCUUCCUGCUCUCCACACCCAAAGUGGCACUCACGAAUCCCAAGUGCGUGGUCAAGCCGGAAAUCGUGUGCGAUCGACAGCCGGCCAGCAUCAAGUUUGCCCUGAUUGACUCGGCACAAGAACAAGCCAAAGUCAAGGAGAUUCGGUUCAACAGCGACAAUCUCAACACUCUAGAGCUCCUGCAGCUGUGCAACAGACACGUGUCCAGUUUGGCACCACCAGAGGAGAUCACCACCAAGGUCCUAACCAAGGCGGAGAAACAGAAACUCGGAGGAGGCGCCGGCGGCGGAAAAAAGGCUCUCAAAAAGAAGUAGGGGUGCGUGGCAGCCAUCACGAUGGUGAGGAAACACAAA